AUGUGGGGGGAGCGGGUGGUGGUGGUGGUGGUGGUGGUUGAGAGGGUGGUGGCACGGGCGCAAGGUUUCCCUUCUUUUUUCUUGUCGAUUCAGCACGUCUACGACCGCGAGGCAGCAGCGAGCGAGCGUCCUCCCACCCCACCCCCUCCUCCCCUCUCAGAUGGCAGUGAUUUAGAGGCGCAAGACAAGGAGGACGAACACUAUGCCUGCCGAGGUGAAAGAGGUGAGUGCGACCGUGAGAACAUUCAUUCUGCUACUGCUGCUGCUGCUGGUGAUGCUGACAGUGAUGCUGAUGUUUCCGUGCUGCUGCAGUUUGAUCUAGUGGUAGAGGUGGCGGUAGAGGUGGCGGUGGAGGUGGAGGUGGAGGAGCACAGCUCAGAGGAUGGUGCGGCCACCCAGGGGAGGCUGGAGCCCGGGGAGCAUCCCGAGGAGACGGCCCUGAGCCCCGCCGAUGCCCCGGAUACACCCACCUCCCUCAAGUCCACAGCCACCUCUAGCAACGGAGGCGCCAGCCAGACCGACACCGAACGGGAGGACAGUUCAGUCACCCUGACGGAGAAGUCGUCGAGUCCCGACACGGAGCUGAACCCCAUGAGCUCCAGCACCUCCCAUGAGGAGGUGGACCAGGCCCAGCUGGAGGACUCUCCCACCCCACCAGAGACGGAGGCAGCCAAGCCCGAGGAGGAAGACGCAGAACCACCACUCCCACCUCCAGAGGCCGAGAGCUCGUCGGACCCGAGGAGCAAUGGGGAGAACGGGGAGGCUAACCAAGCCCCAGAGCCCAACGCGAACACUGCGAACACUGACGCCACCAUCCUGGAUGGCAACGCCAACACUGCUGCCAUCACUGUGCCACCUCCACCACAACAGCCAAUGGCCGCGGCCGUGCCAGCUCCAGUGUCUGGGCUGACUGAACCCCUGCCAGCCUCGCAGGCCCAACCUCAGCCUACUGACAUCAACGCCAACCCCAAAACCCCUGUGGCGAUCGGAGGCAUCCACGACGGCUUUGCCACCCUCAACGGUGGCGUUGGUGUCCUGCCGGGGACACCCACUGCAGCGGCCAACGCCAACAUGCCACACCUGCCCAACUUCCUGUCGUCCCACACGCCCGUGUGGCCGCCGCGCAGCUACCUGCCCGAGAGCUGCUACACGCUGCCCCUCCCCCGCGACCUGUGUGCCCGCGCGGCGCAGGGCGGCCUUACGGAGAGCCACGCGCCCAACGAGGUGGAGCAGGGAGGGGGGGACAUCAAGCCAGAGCACCCCAUGGACGGGCACCACACCCUGGGAGGGACGCAGUUCUUCAGGGCGCCCCACGACCUCUUCAGAGAGCUCCCCAAAGUGAGAGGUGGCUAUGAGGGCAUGGACGCGCUGCAGCACCCCUACCUCCAGGACCUGUACCGCAUGCAGACGCUGGUGGCCCAGAAGCGGGGCUCCAUGGCCAGCCUGGACGGCAUGCGGCGCGACGCCCGCUGGAGGGACCCCAACCUGCGCGAGGUCAUCUGCAUGCUGGGCCACCCCAUGGACCCAGUCAAGGCCAACGCCGCCGCCUACCUGCAGCACCUGUGCUACGAGAACGACCAGGUGAAGCAGGAGGUGCGUUCGCUGCGGGGGGUGCCGGUGCUAGUGGGCCUCCUGGACCACCCCAAGGCGGAGGUGCACCGCAAGGCGUGCGGGGCCCUGAGGAACAUCUCCUUCGGCAAGGACCACCACAACAAGGUGGCCAUACGCAACUGCGAUGGCAUCCCCGCCCUCAUACGCCUGCUCAGGAAGUCCAACGACAUGGAGGUCCGAGAGCUCGUCACAGGCACCCUGUGGAACCUGUCGUCCCAUGAGCCCCUGAAGAUGGUGGUGAUCAACCACGGGCUGCAGACCCUGACCAACGAGAUCAUCAUCCCCCACUCCGGCUGGAGCACGGAGCCGCCCGACCCGGCCAAGCCCCGCGAGGCAGACUGGACCACCGUCUUCAAGAACACCUCCGGAUGUUUAAGGAAUGUGAGUUCCGAUGGUGCGGAGGCUCGUCAGCGUCUGAGGGACUGUGAGGGCCUAGUGGACGCUCUGCUGCACGCCCUGCAAUCUGCCGUCGCCAGGAAAGACGUCAACAACAAGGCUGUGGAGAACUGCGUGUGUAUCCUCCGUAACCUGUCGUACCACGUCCACAAAGAGGUGCCCGGGGCAGAAAGAUUCAAAAGCCAGGCGGCCAAUAAGAUUGCACGAUCAGGGGGUCAUCUGUGCAAGAAGGAGGAGUCAACUAAAGAGGAAUGGUUCAGUCAGUGCAAGCGCCAUGGUUUGUGUGACAAGAAGUACAGCACUUUGGAUAUGCCGAAACGGCCCGCAACAAUGAAAGGUCUGGACCUGCUGUAUCAGCCGGAGGUGGUGCGUCUCUACCUGUCCCUGCUCCGACUGAGUCAGAACCAGAACACCUUGGAGGCGGCCGCCGGGGCGCUGCAAAACCUCUCCGCCGGACAGUGGGCUUGGUCCAAUUAUAUCCGAGCGACUGUGCGGAAAGAAAAAGGUCUGCCCGUUCUGGUGGAGCUCCUGCACUCGGACGGAGACAAAGUGGUCCGCGCCGUGGCCAUCGCACUGCGAAACCUGGCCAUCGAUCGGCGGAAUAAGGAUUUAAUUGGGAGUUAUGCCAUGCGUGACCUGGUGGGCAACCUCCCGUGUGGGCAGCAGCAUGCGGCGAAGAACCUGGAGGAGGACACGGUGGUGGCGGUGCUCAACACCAUCCAGGAGAUCAUCACCGACAGCGCCGAGAACGCUCGCUUCCUGGUGCAGGGCCAGGGCGUGCAGAAGCUGGUCGCCAUCAACAAAACCAGCCAAUCGGGGAGGGAGACCAAAGCUGCCUCUCACAUUCUUCAGACUGUUUGGGCUUACAAAGACCUGAGGACCACGCUUUUCAAGGCUGGGUGGAACAAAUCACAUUUUAAGCCCUCUGCCUCUACCCUUCCAAAGAAAGUGAAAAACGGAAAGGCAGGCUACGAUGACAUUACCCUUCCUUUGAUGGAGAAAAAUCAAGAUGGGUAUUACAGCGUGGACCAGGGCGACAGACUGCCGGAGGCUCCGAGUCAUAUGGUGGAACGGGAACAGUUGCAGAACGCCAAUGAGAAGAGGCACUUCAUCAGAGGCAGCCGGCCAGCUGUUGGUCUGGUUGAACAAACUCCCCCGCCCCUGGACUCUUGGGUCUGAGGAGGGCAAACCGCUUAAUUUCAUCAGCAACGUUUUGGAAAAAAAAGAAAUCAAGCCUGUACAAAACAAAAAGAAAACAAAAGAUUUUUUUGUUUUUGUGUUACAAGAGUGAAGUGUUUUUUCUACAGUAUACCUUAGUGAGUUCCUCAGUGUUUUUCUGGUUAUUUCGGGAAAUUUCAAGUACACCAAUGAAUUUGUGUUGCUCCAAACCCUGUCCUCGGUUCGCAUACAGUACGUACCACAUGAUUUCUUGUAUAUUUAAGAACCAAAGCAGUGCUCAUAAGAUAAUCCUAACAUGGGGGUCUCGGGUGGGGUGGUGGAGAAGAGUGAUGUGUUCAUAGAGCUAGAAAAAAAAACACUGGAGUGGACACGACAUUGGCUGACAGCAAAGAUCCUCCUAUUAGAUUAAGAUACAUCAAGCCCAUAUUUUUCCUGUAUCCCUGUGUCGUCAGGUGAUUGCCCCUUUAGGAGACCUUCGGUUAGGAGACGUUUGGUAGCGCACAUCUCGUGCAACCCACGGUAGCGCACAUCUCAUGCAAGCCGUCACCAAAUGCCACAGAAUGAGAAGACAGAGGGGACAACGCCCCCUUAGGAGACCAAACUUGGUCACACUCCUUUGCAUGGGGCACCUAAGUCACGCCCUCUGCUUCCUGGUUCAUGGGGCAGAGGGAGU